CCACAUUAUCAGAGACCGGUCCUUCCCAUUUAUAACUUCGAAACCUGAAAAAUGAAGCCUAAAAUGAAGUAUUCAACCAACAAAAUUGCCCCAGCAAAGUUGAACCGCACAGCAAACAAAGCCAUGGAAACAUCUUGCAAGCCAAUAAAAUUCCAGCAGAAGGCUGAAGAAGUAUGCCAUUCUUAUGUCAUGAAGCUCCGCUCUGGCCUUAUCAUAGAAAAGAAGGCCUGUUACUUUAGGAAAAGAACCACCAAAAGGGCUUCCUUAGGAAAGAAACCACCAAAAACAGGUGUAAAAGAACAUCUGUCACUCACUGCUUUUCAACAACGGUCUACUAUGGAGCACUUUGCCUUUGGUAUACCUGAUAUCCAGAAAUAUGCUAAAACACUUCAAGUUUCAAGUCCUACAGGAAUUUCACCUAUUACAGAAUCUUUUGCGUCCCUAAGCACAUACAAUGAUCAAUCCAUUACUUUUGCUUUGGAAGAUGGAAGUUAUGAGAUCUACGUUGAAGACUUAAAAAAAGAUCAAGAGAAAGACAAGGUGUUACUGCGUUACUACGAGUCUCAACGUUCCUCAAGUGAAUCAGGUGACGAUGUCGACGGUAAGAUGUUAAUGGUAAACCUGGGUCCUACAAAAGACCUCUGGCUGCAUGCCAACAACAAGGAGAACUCUGUGGAGCUUCAUAAGUGUGAAAAACCAUUGCCAGAGGCCUUCUUCGUCCUUCAUAAGAAGCCCUUAAAUUGUGUUUCAUCCGAAUGUGUUUCAUUUGAAUGUAAGAAUGAUCCUGGAAAGUUUAUCGGUGUAAAGGAUAAUCAACUUGCCCUAAUUAAAGUAGACUGUUCUGAGAAUUCGUGCAAUGAGAAUAUCAUGUUUAAGCUCUCUAAAACUUAAUGUGAUGGAAAACUGUGGGUCUUGGUAUGGAUGGCCCAAAUGCUACCUUUGGAGAAGUAAUAAGAGAUAAAGAAAGAGAUGGACAAUGUGCAAGGGAAAUGGAGAACACUUAGCAUGCCAUGGAAUGUUUUUCUUCUUUUGUAUUU